AUGACCGUGAACAACAGUGGGACACAAGUCACCAAACGGAACCGGGGCAAGGUUUUUCACUCUAUUGAUGGCAACGGACCUGCGUCUCACUCCUCAUCAGCCGCCAAUUACAAUGCAGCCCCAUCGGCUUUGGUUCCGCAGCCGAACGCCUUCUCGUCUAACCUCAACUCUGAUGUGCCGACUACACCGCAACCACUGUCAACUGUAGGUGGUUCCUGCUCACAAAUGUACGCGCCUCGUUUGGGACAAUCACCAAUUACUGCUGUUAGUAGCACUGCACUUCCACCAGCAGGCCCCCUCCACUACGACGACGGUUCCACAUUCACAAUAACGCAGCUGACCACUCAGAUUAGCCGAGUCUUUCGCAAUCCCUCCUUGGACGUAAGUUUACUUUGUUCAGUUUGCCUUCCGCACUCAGAGUCAAAACUACCUUACGAAUGCUUUAGCAGUUUUUCGAUUUUGUUCCCUGAACAAAUUUUGGCUCUUCCCCCUAGUGGUGAUCAGCGGAUGCUAUCAGUCUUUCGCUAUUUUAUGCUUGGUAAUUGGACCAUCUAUUCCUGGUCCCACCACCUUCGUUAUUCGUAAACUUGCUUGCCUAAGGACACCGGAUUGCAAGCGGUGACCGUUACAGCAUCUGCAACCCGACACACGCAGUCCGUCAGUUGACACUGACAACCGAGCCAUUCUAGGAUGACAUACUAAGUGCGCAGGCGGUAGUACACUUAUUUUAGGGUCAUCGGGUCCAUGCUCUGCCCAUGUGGCUCUGGUACUUCUCUAUUUCAAGAGCAUUCCCCAAGGCCAGCAGCCCACUUUUAAAUUUUGAGAGUGCAGUCACUGUUUGUACUCGUCCUAGAUCUAUAGAAACGGAUAUCGAAAUUAUGACAUUACAACUCUUCUGUCAGCAAAACUACCGUUUGCCACCUGUUUCGUGGAAAUGCUGCCUUUGCCGCCGAAGUUAUUUACAUUCGGCCUAUUGGCCCGUAUAGUUUCAAUGUUUGUGUGAUCGACCACUAAUUUCACUGACUUGCUAAAGGACUUCACAAAAAUUUCAAAGCCGUUUGUCUUUUUUGCCUAUUUUAUGCCCUAGGCUUUGAUUUUCACGUCCUAACGAUAGAGGGCUCAUUCGGUCAUCAUAGUUCCCUCUUAUUUACGCAACAGGUAAACCUUUGUAGUUCUUAACGCUGUCAGUUUAUCCGCGAAGAGAACAACAGAGUGACCGGAACCCAUGAGGGUUCCAGAAAGCACUCACAUUUCUAUGAUAUGCAUAUAGUGUGCAUCACAACGAACGGACGUCCUGACAGUUUUGUCGAGAAAUACAGGCGAAAAGCCAGGAGAGGAAAACCCGAGGGGGCAACCGAAACCUGAGUUCUGACGUGCCGUGCUUUGUGUUGUCAUUGUGUCCAAGGAAUUCGCCAAAUUAAUGAGCGAAUUUGGGACUGAAGUCUCUCACGAACUGGAGAAGACAAUCCGCCGACAGCUCAUGCAUCUUGAGAACCUAUUACCUACCAGUCAGGAAUCUGGUGUAAACUAGCAGAUAGAAUGCAACUGGGACCAAGGGGUAUAUGUUGGUGAAACCGGCAAACAGGUCCGCACGAGACUGCAUAACAAGAGCGUUCUGCGAGACAGGAAGAUAAACUAUCCUUGGUAAUUGCCCACUCGUCCCCGCCAAGAGAAAACUUUAAUUUCGAAUGCGUGAGAAUCGUAGGCUAGACGGAUGGCCGGGUUUCGCGUCUACUGCAGACGGCGCGACAUAUCGAUUUGCCAGGUGCCCCCACCUGUGCUACGUAAACGAAUCACUGGCACGGAUAAAGGUCGCGCCUGGCUGACGUGAGCUGUACAGCUACUUUAUUUCUUGAUGAUGGGCUCGCGUGCGAAUCCAAAUAGUUGUAACAAUAAACAGAGAUCGCAUCCCCUUCAUAUUCAAUUAAAUUGCCUUGCCCUCACUUGUUUUCUAUGAUUCGGAAUAUCAUAUAAUACGUAAAGUCUUCUACUGAUUUCAAUUAGCUGUAUUUCCAGAGCAGGACGUCCGUUGAAUUACUAGUGGCACCUUCUCUGUCUGCUGCUAUCGGAUGGACGUCUGUAGUUGCAGAUCGUUGUUUAAAGCGUCUUUACUAAGUCUUCCUGGGCUCCCAUUGGUUUUCGGCAUGUGAAAGUGAUGUGCAACACCUCCAAAAACCGUUUUCGUGUGACGGAGGUAUACCAUUGCGCGUAGCAAACUACCGUUCUACAUACUAAUUAUCCACCAUUAUUACCGCAGGCUAUUAAAAAUAGGGAAUUCACAUAACUGCGAAAACUUGUGUCAUCCAAAUGGGGUUGAAUUCCGGAUCCGCCGGAUUUUGCACUGGGGUGCGCUGCCCUUAAACUAUGGGCAGUGCACUGCUACCCGACAUCCCCUUAUCUCUGAUUCGCAUUUCAUACUUGAUAUAGCAUAGGGUGAACCACUUUUCCCCGGAGAUCGGAAGUUCAACCUCCUAGACGCCGCAAAUGUGUAGUUGCAACGGGCACCUUGAUCUACUCCAUAAUUUUGUUUUCAAGUGAGAACAGCUGUUGUCACGACGCAUUUGUUACCAACGCCGCUUCAGUAGCAUCGUUCAUGCCACAGGGACUGAUACCCGCCCCCAAAUGAGAACGCAAUGGUGAGGGGUUACAGUGUGCAUCUACUUUGCUGAAUGAAUGCGACAAAGUGGGGGGAUGAGAUACUCCGGAUCCUCACCCUUAUCCCCAACGACUUUUAUCAAGGAAAUAAAAACCUCCAUAUUAUGCUUAGACGUUCCCGUUCUGUCUAUCAGCUUGGGAGGCCAAUUUUAAACCCAGAAAAGUCGAUAAGGGAUAGUUUACAUAAAUCGAGGUUCAUCAUGGGUUUGACGAAGCUUUCACUUCGACUGUUCGAAGGUUUCUAGGGGCUUCGACUAAUCAAAACGUAGGGCAGAGCGUUCUCUUGUUCGAAUUCAAUGCCUCUGAACGAGAUCCCGUGAUUUUUCUUAACGUAAGGAGAGCAGGUUAAGCAAACCAAAUUAAAAAUACGUAUGAUAGAGACCUCAAGUUAUUAGCGACCUUAAUUCCUCUCUUAGUUUCUGUAGUAAUCGGCGGUUACUUUCCAAGAGCGCUGUAAACGGACGAAGCUUUGUAGAAUUAUCCAAACGUGAAGGACCUUUUCAUGGUGGACCGCCCGCUGGCUACCAUUUGGCCGUCUUACCGUUAUGGAACGGCUUUAGAGGGGGGCUGUGACAACCCCUAGAUCCAUUUACUUAUUAUCUUUGACAACCUUCCUUUCAUCUAGGAAGUAGCAAUAAACCUUUCGAUUGACGCCUAUUUUUUUAUUACUCGCUAUUGAACCUCGUGAAUCAGUUAACAAACCAUUCACUGAAAUGGCUGAGGAUUUCCUUCAACAUUUGUCUAUGAUUAUUAGGUGUCAGCGUUUACCGGGUUUUCACAUUCUUUGGAUGACCGUUGCGCUUCAGUCAUCCUGCCAUCGUUGAUAAAAACGGGAUACGUCAAGCGUCCGAGAACGGAACCACCCAGGACCCCAUAUCUUAACCGACACGAGUAGAAUUUACCGAAAUUAUUCAUACGGACUGGAGACAGCAUGUAAUGAAGAUUGUCCCCAGUUCCGAUUUAUAGGAGCUCUACGACACUUCUCUAUGGCGCACUGUUGGAACCUUUCAGAGGCUAUAUACAGUAGAUGUGCAAACUCACGAGAUGUCAAACGAAAUUCUGAAAUGCGUUUUCGACUCAAAAAAGAUAAUUUAAGUAGGGUUGUAAUAUUAAUUGCUGUGUAGCAUAAUCCCGAUACAUUUCAGUUACUUUGGGAUGCCAGCUUUUGAACGAACCUCUUUCCGGCGGCCGACAAAAACGACACUCUAACCAAUGGCUACUUAGGUAGUACGAAUUUUGCUAAUUGAUUUUCGGUACCCCCACAAAUUCAAUUAUAUUUCAUAGAAAACAUGCAUAAAAGUUUACACUACUUUUCUUAUUUGGCAGACAAUUACGCCUUUUUCAAAUUUUGUACUUUAAGGAAGGGUAUAAUUCCGUUUUAAAAAACUUUUCCAAUCCCCGAAUAAUUUUGAAUCCUACUUACAGUUACACUUGCGUUCUGGGUCUCCAAAUUACGAGCUAUAUAUUUUCCGUUUACGGAAAAUCAUACGUUCCUAAAUGCUAUUAAGAGGAGACCUAUGGGGUUAUUAAAGUUUGCAGUAGAUAUGAACCGUGUUGUAAACUUUACACGCAACAUUAAAUUCAGCGACACGAUGUCUUAUGAACGGGCAUUUCACGGUUUUAAGAAAUCUCAUAAUUAGACUUUUUUAAAACCGAAUUCAAGUACAACAUUUGAAGGAGACGUAAUUUUCCGCCAAAUGAGUAAACGAAUGAAUAUUUUAUGCAUGUUUUCCAGGAAAUAUAUUCGAAUCUAUGGGGGCACCCAAAAUCAAGGAGAAUAAUUCAUACUAAUGUAGUCAUUUUUUACAGCGUGAUUUUUACGGGCGAUCGGAAGGAAGUUCUUUCAGAAUUCGGCAUCCAAAGGUAGCUGAAAUGUCCUGGGAUUAAACUGUACGGCGAUAAAUAUCACAACUUUACCUGCGUAAUCUUUUCGAGUUGAAAAUGCAUUUCAGAAUUUCGGUUAACAUUUCAUGCGUCAGCACAUCCACUGUACGUGACCGACACGAACCUCUCUGAAUUGAUCGGAUAAACAUGAUCUGUUUUCAGAAGUCUUGAGGAGCUCCAUGCGAUUAAUUUAUUUUGUUCACCUCUAUUCGUUAUCUACCACUACUUCUUCAUGACAUUCAACCUCCAUAUUGCAUAGAUUCCUGGAAGAGAUGCAAUCCUAUCAUCCCUGACCUCCCUUCAGACGGAACUGGCUAGUGGACGACUUUCCGCCUCUGUGCAAGUACUUCUCCGAAACUUAUUUUCAUGUAAGUUCGUCAUCCCCCCCCCCCCUUUUUUUUUCACCUAGACCGAAAAAUCCGUCCGUUUGGUGUGUCCACGUCGAUAAGAGUCUUUUCGAAUUUUCGUCUAGACAGGAGGUUUCACGUUAAGUGCUUCAACAACACCAGUACAUCCAUCGACUUUAGCUCAACCGACUAUGCCGGCCAUACAAUCAACCCAGUGACUUAGAUUAUAAAACGCCCUAUAAUUUAUUCCGAAAAGGACUAAUGAUACACAUCCUGCACUCCUCCAGUUUUUUUUUUCUGUACAGGCCGACCCGGGCAAGAAGUAAAAAUCAGGUUACUUAGAUACGAUCUGGAAAGCGGUAUUGUGACGCCUGUAUGCAUAAGUGGACCAACCGGGCAGCCUCCCCGCAGCAACCUUUUCAGCGGCUACCACAUCACAUGUUGCGCGAGAUGUCCAGUCUCAGCUUCUAAGACAAUAUGCAAAGACGGCGCCAAGAACGUCGUAGUCAACACCGUGUGUGGGUCGCCGCAAACCGGAAUUCCUCAAUGCCUCCAGUCGUUUUGUUCCCAGUCCCCAUGUGUGUCGGCAGUAAGCGCAUAGUUUCGCCGUUGUUAUUUUUGCGACCGCCUCCCGAUAAGCCAAGAAAACAAGCACACCAGUGCGUUGAGUGUGCGUUUUCUCCCUGGAUAUUAGCACGUUUGGUAUUUAAUAUACUUCCGGCCGCGCACAUUUAUUUGAUUGCGAAAAAACGAUCGAGGAAAUGGACCAUGAUGUGUGCCUACUUUGUUGUCCUCUGAUCUACGCCUCGAAUUUUUCUUACUAUCAUGAGUAGUUUACCGACGUCCCUCUGCUUGCAUAUAAAAGUUGCUUAUGCAUAUCCCCGCACAAGAGGUCACUCCAUGAUGACCCCACACAGCAUCUCCCCUCCGCUGUGCCCGUCCGAGCAACUGUGUUAGUGUUCGCUUGUUGGUCGCGUGUUUAAAGUGGCUGUUCCGGUCGUGUGGUUUUCUGUCUCAGGUCGUCUGAGAAAUCGAGGCCUCUAUAGGCACCCGUAAAUGAAUGCCCUCCGCCAGUCUUGUUUUCUGCGCUUUCUGGACCGCCUAGACUACCUUUUGCUGUGUGGACCAGGGGGUAUGGAGUAGAGCGCCAAGGUGCGUGCUCGACCGUGCCAUCCACCUGCGCCCUCCCCCGCCUCCGGUCUUCUUGCCUCGCUCUUGACGCCGGCUCCAGGUGAGGAGUGGGGAGGACAGAGUGUGGUAGAUGCCGUGCAAGUCUACUAUCAGCUGUGGUGGCAUACGCACAGGAUGAGACCGUAUAAACUGUGACGGCCGCUCGAUGAUGCGGUUGUUGUAUAUAACCAGGUUUUGUUCUUUUCCCCUCUGUCUCGGUCUGAGGUCCUGGAUUAAAUGCCAACGCCUUAGUCGCUCCGGCUAAAAAAACUCCUUGGUGGGAAUAUUUUAAUUGAAAACGUCUUGAGAGGUUGAGAUUAACCUAUACUUUGCAACUCAAAACAACUUUAAGGGGCCUCGGAUGCGGUGGGAUAGGGGAUUCAGUAGUGCGCUUUCCGAGCCUGAAGGCUUCUGAUACUGAAACGUCUUCGUUGGGUUAAAGCAUUGAGUUCAGAGGACCUUGAAACAAAUCGAGAUCUAGAACGCGUUCUUUAGGUGUAUCUGCGUGCGCCUCCUAAAGCCCCUGUAUUCCUUAGGGGGCAGGUCUGGCCGUGCCAGCCACCUGCGCCUCCACCUCCCCCCCCCCCACCUCUGGUCAUCUUGACUCUGUCUUGGCACCAGAUCUCGGUAGGGGAGGAGGAGGAGGACAGAAUGCGGUAGAUGUUGUGCAAGUCUAUACUUACUAUAAGCUAAUUUACGCACAAGUCACCGUCCCUGCUCCACCUUGCUGUGGAGCACGCGGUGAACAUCGUCGGCAACGACGGUUGAACCGUCGUCGGGCAACUUUUUGCGAUUGCAGUGCUUAUUUUCUUGGUUAUUUUUAAGGACAUCUUCGCUCGGACUUAUUUCUUUGGCCGCACUCCUUAUUCUCAAGAGUCAUGUGUAGGUUUUAGAAGUGAAUGUGCGUGAGGAGGGCAAGUGUUGGCUUAUCACAUCUCGUGUCCUUUCUUUUGUAGUUAUCCAACAAAACGACUACGAGCACGCCAACGAGACAAUCAAUGUGCUCAGUUCAAAUCACGGAAUGGAGGUAUGUUGCCAGUGCCCUCCUUUCGUUCUUUGACGCCAUUUCUCUGUUACAUCCGACACCUGUUGUAUAUCCACUGAGUAACUCAACCAUCCAUAUUGAUCCAACUGUGAAGAACUCGGCGCCUCGGUGGGCUUCGAACCCACGCAGUAAGGGUAAGGCUUUAGUACAGCCAAUGCUCUAACCACCUGAGCUACGAGGCCCCGUCGGAAGACGCGAGUUUAGAGGCUGGUUAGAGCGUUGGCUGUACUAAAGCCUCCUCUUGCUGUCGUGGGUUCGGAUCCCACCGAGGCGCCGAGUUUUUCACAGUUGGGUCAAUAUUAAUCAUGCAAAAUCUGCCAAAAUAUCUAUGAACUCAACCAUCGUUAUCCACAAGGACUGUAUUUCUGUGGUGAAGAUGGCCUUCAGGCUUGUGCUACCUUGUCUUCGCUUGCUGCUCAGUUCCUGUUCGGCCCCGGGGGGGACAACGCGUAGUCCAGACGACAGCGACGUCCACCGAGCAUCUCACCCCCCCCCCCCGUGCUAGUUCCUGAGCUCACCAGAAGCGCACUGCACUAUCAGUUGAUCUUAUCCGUAAGGAGGGGGCCAUCGCAGUCUCUCACCCCUUGAGUUACACACCUGCCCAUUUUAUGUUCGCCGACGAGCCACUGCACGUCAGUUCAAAUUUGGCGCCGCAUCUGACUCACAAAGUCUGGUAGCGUGUGUCUGGUUCCCUUGCCCAGCAAUCCCAAAUGCAUAUAUCCGUAUAUACAUAUAUGUGCUGUCAGGAACGACGGCACCUUCAGUGCCCCAUGGAGUGCACGCAGCGCCAGUGACUUGCGCAGCAUCCAUCGCACCCCCUCUUCACCUACAUACCUUGAUCCCACAGUCGGAGGCCAGUGUGGACGCAACGUGGACGGUAGACGUAAACGUUCAAACGGCCCGUCUGUCAGGUUUCGCUAACAUCAGUGGCCUAGAAGGUGGUAAAAUAACAGGAAAACUUGGUUCUACCAGGGACUGCGAGCUAGGCUACAACGAUCCUUCCCGAAUGUCUUUUUAGGAUUCUCAGAUUGACGUUGCUCGUGCGCAGCGCGCUAGGAAGCCAUGCUGCCCGCGGUCGUGUCAAGCACGGCAAAAUACGCGUUCGACCUCAACCAGCACUUCUGUUGGGUGUAUGGCGAAGUGGUUUUCAGGUGGCCGUAUUUAGGACCGGUAAUGAGAUCCCACGCAGAUGGAGUUCGACUAUGACCCACUUUGCGGUUUCUCUAAUUCUCAUUUUGAUAGGAUGUGAUUUGAAAAAAGACUUGACCUCGCACGCACAUAGGGCACGCACAAUGCUGAUUAUGCUGCCUGCACAGCUGUUCGGCAUUAUAAGCAAAUACAGCUCGAAAGUUGGCCUGCCUUUGGGUGAACCGGUCGGACAUAUUUGACGUUUGCCAACUUGAAGAAGUAGACAGUUUUAAAUACCUCGGGGCAAGGCUGCUGCCUGAUGGACAAAGUAAGGACGACGUUGUCUCCCGAAUCGAUGCUGCCCGCUGGAUUUUCUUAAGCCUUCGGAAAUGCCUAUGGAUCCGACGUGACCUCUCCAUCGCCACUAAGAUUCGCGUGUACCGUGCAUCUGUCUGGUCGGUCUUUCCCUGCGGUUGUGAAUGCUGGGCUUUGCGCGUGGAGGACGGGCGAAAACUGGAGGUAUUUGACCACCACUGCUUGAGGACCAUCCUUCGAGUGAAGUUCACCGACUUCGUCUCAAAUGAGACAGUCCGCGCUCGCUGCGACAACAUCACAAGGAUAACUCAGGCCAUCCAAGAAAGACGACUGGGGCGGAUUGGGUAUUUUCUUCGUCGUCCACCUCAGGAGCUCAGUGCUACUGCCCUCGAUCCGGCACCGUUGCACCAUUGGAGGCGUCGAAGAGGGGGUAAGUUCAAAACCUGACUCGACACAGUUCGUCAAGACAUGGAGGUGGUUCUUGGACCUUCGGUAUUCGGUCUACGUCGUUGGCGGAGAGAAUGGGUUUAACUGUCCAGAUCUGCUGCCGCAAAUCGUCACGCGGGGAGAGAUACAGUUCGGGACAUCAUCGAGGCCGGCUACAUCAGGCAUGAUCGCAGCCGUAUCGAGUGCAAGUAAGAACCGGUCGGCGUCACCGUAGAGUAAUUAAUGUUAGCACGAUACACUGGUAUUUGGAACCACCUUUCCUGACAAGUGUGUCUUAACGACAGGGAACACCCGAGGUUGCGUCAGAGUAGCCUGCUGCGCGAUGUUUUAGUUGGGCCCUCGUGCGCCAGCCGCUGUCAACUUUCAGCCAACAGAUUUGACCACCGGCUAGAGUUUGAUUGUUAUCACCGCGGUAUGCCUUUUGUGGCCGAGCAUGCGCCCCCUGCAAAGGCCUCCUGUUUCUUCGAAAAGUCGUCCCUCUCCUGAAAGUUUACUGGCAACCACUGUCUUUCGGCAGGAACCUUAGAUGUCUGGUAAGUUGACCUACGCAUGCCCAUGCAUGUCGGCUCGACGUCAGUCCAAGCGGCACGUUAAUGCUUGGCACUGGGGGGCCUUUUCCUCGACGCUUGCAUGUUUGCUCCUAUCCACUGUGCCCGGGAAUGCGACAUUGGGAUGAUGUUUAUGACACUCAGCGUCAAACAAACUGAUUUUUUUCCGUUUUUCAACACCUGAGGGAGCAAGCUAGGCGGGGACUUUAAGAACUACUCUGUGCAGAAGUUAGGUAGGAAGCUAUGGCGGACAUGACGUCGGACCUGAUGCUGUGCAUCUCUAUGUACAGUGGUCGACAUCUCGAGUAUUCGUAAAUCACAAGUCAGGGAAAACCAGAGCUUUGCCGGGACGACGAAGCCUACAAGCGACUCGGCAAGCAGUUGCAGCAAACGUUUUCUGCAGCCAUUGAGGUUUUUGACCUCCGCGGCGCGUGCGUGCGCCUGGACUUUGUCCGCUUGCGGCCAACCAGCGGAGAACGCAACGUUAAUUAGCCUCGAACUCUCGCCACGCUGUUACUAAGUCUCGCGCGGCAGAAGCCAUCGAUUGACAGGGGGCGUGCGGCGAAAUGAGUAAGCACCGGCGACCAGGGCAGCGGACCGCCGCACUCUUUCCUCCAAACAGGACGCUCAAGGACGUUUCCAAGAAGCCUGUGUCUCGACCGGGCGAGUUUACUGGAUUUUGUGUGUUUGCUGUUCAGUCCGAGGUAGAGAUUCUCUCCUGGGCGGGGAGGCGCCCUAAAAGUCAACUCUCCUUCAGUCUACUCUAGAUGACUAAUUUUGUCAAAACAAAGGUAAGGUGCGGUUUCGUAGCCCCACUUGAUGGACACAAUACUGUUGGGUUUGGGGUUAAGUGUUAGGGUUAGGGUUAAAGGUUGGGGCUAGGGGUUAACACAACUAUCUCUCAACCAUUCAAAGCACAACCGCGCACUCCCAAUAGCUUUUCUUUUGCAUACAACUACUUGAUCUCGUCGCUUGUGCGGUCCCCGGCUCAACCUCUAAAAACCCUUAUUACCACCGAUCCCGUAUUAGAGGUGACUAGGGUUUGUUUACCUCAGGUGGGGCUACAAAACCACAUCCAACCAAAACAAAAACUGAGUAGUCAUACCGACAGUGACUAGUUUUGCCGGGAUGACGGGUCUCGGCCUAUUUGGCCUCAUUAACCGGUCGCAACCCAACCCCCAGCUGGCGCGCAAUACUUGUGCCAGAGUCAUUUGAGGAUCGAGAAUUUCCGAGUCAAACGCCCCACCGACGCCUCUUUGGUUGUAGUCAGAAGCAUUUGGAUUUACGUUGGGUAGGGUACAGUAGUAAAUGCUUCCAUGAACUACAUGCUUAUUUGAUUUAGAUAGCUUGAUAUACAUCUGGAGUAAUCUCCGAGGCCUAUUCUUGUCAACGCCACUUUCUUUUCUUCCUGUUUGAUUGACGUCAAGUCGGCCGAGUUUAUCCCUGCUACUCUUACCUGCGUCUUAUAUAACGUUUUCGAUCACCGUGGAUAGUGUACUUUGCUAUUGGGAAACAUUGCCGUCCACUGUUCUAGCUCCGUCUUCUAGAGUCCUUGCUAAUCCAGUGAAUCGUGCCCUGACCGCGGUUUUAGGUCCAUGAUUUAUAGCUUCGUCUGGCGCACCUGCUAAGUCGAACAUCGCAGUAAGCAACCGACUUUCCCCUAAUAGACAACAGGGGGUACUUGUUUCCGCCCCCAACUGGUAUUGACUAAUCUAUCCCACCGGAAAGAUGGCAUUACCUCGAAGCUGCGUAGCUGCGGCCGUCGGUUAACAAGAGACAACUCCGCCUCCAAUACAUCUCAACUGUUCUGUUACACUUCCUCCUGGGAGUUUUAAGGAGGCCUGAGCGUGAUUAUGACUAAAGAGCUACACGGAAAGAGAGAGAUAGCUUUUCUACUUGGAAUCAGCUUAUCCUUGUAUUUACCCAGUAACUAUUUCUCUUCUUACUUCACUCUUCCACUGUAGUGUCGAGGCUUCAACUGAUUAUUAUCCAGGUCUCCUCUCUAGCUGGGAUGCAUCAAAAUUAAGUUAUACUAGCCACGCAACGGUAGGCUGUGUCUGCUGGUGUUAUACAUCACAACUUAAUUGACCGUCCUUCCUGUCGUAAGAACUCACUGUCAAAUCUCUAUGUCUUUAUCCGUCCCUAGGCUUAAAAAAAUUGACAGAUUAUUGGGGCUGGAAGCCGUAUUAUUUACGAAGCCAGUAUGUGGACGCGAGGACUGGGAGUUAGGCUCAGUGACUCCUUAAUGUGGCCUCUAUGGCGUUCUCACGAACGCUAGAUCCAGGCGCCCCUUUCCGUGAAAAUUGACUAUGAUGUGCGGCGACAAGGUCGUGUGUGGCACCCGUAGACGGACUGUUUGGCCGUCAGCCAUUGCGUCCGAGCGCACCUCUGGUCGUCUUGGCUCGGUCUUGCCAUCAGAGCUUGCGGGGGGUGAGGAAGGAGAGUGCGGCAGGUGUUACGCAAGUCACCGGUGUUGCACCCACUUUGUGAUGGAUGCCGCUGCUCCAGCUCUAAUUGUAACGCGAGCUGACUGAAAUUGGCCAUUCGGAACUGUCAUUCGAUGGAAGCCUUUAUACUGUUCUGCGAUGCAGUCUCUUUCCGUUUAGUCCUUUUCUUCUCUGUUCUGUUCGCACAAGCCUUAAUGAAAUUUGCCUCUGACCAUUUUCGAUCGUACUGCCUAUUUGCUUUGGAUGAACGCCCUGUACUAGGGCUUGAAGUGUCAACACACCAGUCCUGGGAGAUGACGAUGGAGUUAGUAAAUAUGGUCAGCCACUUGAGCGGCCGUCGUUGGGGCACAUUUACUGUCUCAGCUCCCUUAUUAAGUCUUUUGCCGGCUCGGUUCGCAAAUCGGCGUGCUUUAACGAACCGAAUAAAAACAUAGAAAACAAAAAUGAAAAAAAGGAAACGAACCGACUGGCGAUGACCAACUGACAUAGCUGGCAGGUAAUACAAAGGCAGACAGAAAGUACACCUGCUUUAUUUUUACCUUUCGCGCCUCUCAUUUCAAGGACUGUUAACCCUGCGUGUUUGAUCUGCUUUGUGAUCAUACAGCCUGUCUGUUAGCGCCGGUCGAGCUUUGAGACCUUGAAUGACUGGGCUGCAGCACAUCCCGGCAUCUUUAUGCUUUGCUUCCUAUCGAAGUGGACAGGCAUCCUGCUGCCUCACUGCGCUCGCGCUUUUCAGCCUGAAACUGUUUGCUUCCCCUUUAGGUACAAGGUUGGCUCUACGCUGUUCAACAGCUGAUGUUCGCCUGCCAGACACUCGCGAGCUGGGGACAGUAG